AUGGCUUCAGCUUUACGAUCCAGAGUCUUCGGGCUCGCACGACCCAUCCAGGCUACCCCUUCAGUAUCAAAUGCCACCCGGCAAUGCCGCGCUCCCUCCGCGCGGUCAUACUCGACCUCCGAUCACCUGCCGAAGAUCGCGGACUCGUCAGUAUGGACGGCGAUGAUUCCCAAAUUCAUUCGCAAUCGGGGCGCGCGCAAGAGUCCCAAUAAGGAAAAGUCGAAGGAAUGGAACCCGGCUACGUUCUAUAUCAUCAUGUUUACUUUAAUCGGCUCGCAGGCCAUUCGCAUGAUCACCCUGAAGAACAGCUAUGGCGCCUACACUCGGACAACAGAUGCGAAGAUUGAGCUUCUACGGGAGGUAAUCACUCGCGUUAAAAACGGAGAGAAUGUCGACGUCGAGAAACUGCUGGGAACUGGCGAUGAGGCGAAGGAACGAGAGUGGGAUGAAGUUCUGCGGGAAAUUGAAGCCGAGGACUCAUUAUGGCAUCAGAAGAAGACUAGCCAGUCACAAGCGGCGGAGCCUCAAGAGACCAAUAAAGAAGAGAAGCAAAAACAAUCCGCGGAGCCGUUAGCAGAAGACAAGGCCGAUGAAACUGUUAAGACCGAGACUACGAAGAAAUUGAGGUUUUACUGA